AUGAAUAAUUUAUAUUCAAAAUUAUCAGAAAACAUGAAAAGCGAUAUUAAGAAUGAUAUAAUAAAAAAAUUGCCUUUUAAAUUUACUAAUAUUAAUUUAAUUAAUUCCGAAAACGAGGAAAAAAAAAGUGAAAUAGAAAAUUAUUAUAAUGAAGAACUAGACGAAAAUAAAUUAAAUGGAUAUAAAACUUCAAAAACAAAAUUGAAAUAUAUAAAGAAAAAAAGUGAUGAUAAAAAGUUGAAAAUUUUUAAGGAAGAAUUAAAAUUUCAUUACAAUGAAGAAGUAGACAAUUGUGAACACAGCUUAAAUUAUGAAAAUAGUGAUAAUUUUAAAAAUAAUUCAAAGAAGGAAAAUUUAGAAAAUUAUUUUAAAUUCAAUGGAAAUGCUAUAUCAAAUAUAAAAAAAAAAAAAGAUAAACCAAAUGAAAAAAAGAAAGAAAUUGUCAAUAAUGAGAAACAUGAACAAGAAAUUACAGAAGAUAAUAAUUAUGAAUACUUAAAAUAUUAUUUAAACUCUGAAAAAAUAAUUGAAAAUAUUGCAUUAAAUAAAGAUAUACAAAAAAAAAAUAAAUUAAAAUAUAAAAUAAAUAAUUUGUUAAACCUUGAAAAUUUAAAUUGUUCUUCUUCCUCUAAUUUAUCAAGUAAGUAUGAUAUAAAUUUUCAAAAUGAUAAUGAAAGUAAGAAAAAAAAUUAUGAUGAUUCUUUAUUUUCAUCUUUUAAUUUAGAAAAUAAUUCAUUUUAUAAAAAAGCAUAUAAAAAAGAAGAAAAAAAUGAAGAAAAAGAAAAAAAAAAAAAAUUUAUUUUUCUAGAAAAUCAUGAUGAUUUAAGCCAAUGUAAUGAUCUAAUUUUUUCAAAAGAAGAUAAAGAAGGAAUAAAUUUUUCAUUUAUUUCAAAUAAACAUAAAGAAGUAAACGAUGAUAAUUCCUAUAAUAAAGAUAUAAAAAAUAUCAAUGAUUUUGAUUUUCACAAAAAACUCUUGAGUUCAUAUAACGAUAAUCAAACUUCAAUAGAUCAAAGUAAUAAUUUAAGUAAUUCAGAAGAAAAACAAUGGAAUCUAUUUGAUUCAUUUAAAGAUAUUUAUAAAAAUCACAAUAAAAAAAUGAAACUUAUAGAUUAUAACAAAAUACUAAAUAAAAGUUUAUACAAAAACGUUUAUAAUGUUGACAAUAUAAAUAAUAAAAAAAAAAAAAAGAAAAAAAAGAUAAAUAUAGAAAAAGAUUUAUAUGAUAAAAAAACAUCUGAAAAUGUCAAAGAAAUUAUUAGAAAUAUAAAAAAGCGUCUAGGAUUUUUUUCAAAAGAAGAAAAUGAAAAAGGAACAGAAAAUAAUAACAUAAUGUUUAAAUUAACUAGUAGAAAUAUAAACAACGAAAAUAACAAUAAAAAAGACUCAUUCAGUUUUCACAAUAGUACAAAUUCCCCAAAUGAACAAUCAUCAAAUAUAGAAAAUAACUUCUCAUUUUCAAAAAAUAUUUUUAAUGAUUCGGAUAAUAAUAAAGAAACAAAUUUAAAAAAAAUAAAUUCUUUUUCUUUCAAUCGUUCUAUGAAUAGUAACUUACUAAAUUAUCAUAGUUUUGUUUCGGAUGAUUUUAUUUUGGCUAAUGAUAAAAAUGUUAAUUUUUCUAAUUCUAAUUUUAAUGAAAAAAAAGAAGAUACAUUUUCAGAUAAAUAUAAAAUUAAUAGUGAUGAUGAUGAUUUAUUUUCGCUUUCUACAUCAUCAACAAAGUUUAAAAGAAUGUUUCAUCAAGCGUUAAUAACAGAAAACGAAGAAAGAGACAAUAAAAUUAAAGAAAAUGAAGAAAAAUAUGGAAAAGAAAUAGAAGAAAAGGAAAAGGAAGAAAAAGAAAAAGAAGAAAAAGAAAAAGAAAAAGAAGAAAUAGAAGAAAAAAAAAAAGAAAAAGAAGAAAUAGAAAUAGAAGAAAAAGAAGAAAAAGAAAUAGAAGAAAAAGAAGAAAAAGAAAUAGAAGAAAAAGAAAUAGAAGAAAAAGAAAUAGAAGAAAAAGAAAUAGAAGAAAAAGAAGAAAAAGAAAUAGAAGAAAAAGAAAUAGAAGAAAAAGAAGAAAAAGAAAUAGAAGAAAAAGAAGAAAAAGAAAUAGAAGAAAAAGAAGACGAAAAAAAUGAAAAAGAUGAGGAAAAAGAAAAAGACGAAAAAGAAGAAAAAGAAAAAAAUAAAGAUAAAAAUAAAUAUGAAAAUGAUGAAAAUAAAAGUAGAAUGAUUCAUAUAAUUGAAGAAGUAAAUGAACAAAUUUAUUCUAAUGAUUAUAACGACAAAAAUCAAAAUAAAAUGGCUACUUCUAAUAUUAUAUACAACAAUGAAAAAGCAAAUAUAGAAAGAAAUAUUAUGCAUAAAAAUGAAAUUUUUAAAAUAGAAGAUAUAAAAGAAAAAUUAGAAGAUUGCACUUCUUUAUUAGAGGAAGACAAAAAAAAAAAAAUAAAUUCAGUAGAAAUUAAAGAUAAAAAAAAAAAUGUAAUAUGUGUAUGUGAUACUUUAGAAAAAUAUAAAAUGAAAAAUUUAAUUAGUAAAACAAAAAGUAAGAAAGAUACCAGCACUUCUGAUUAUUCAGAGUAUGAUGAAUAUUUGUCAGACUUAAAUGAAUUUAUUUGUAAUAAUAAUAUACAAAUAGAUAAUAAUUCAAUUUUAUGUGAUGAAAAUAUAAAUGUAGAAAACUUUUCUCAUAAAAUAGAUAAUUUUAUGCAGUAUAUAUUUGAAAAUCAAAUAAAGCAUCUAAAUAAUUUAAUAACUAAUAUUUUUUCAUGA